AUGGACCAUGUUUCGGACAAAUUGACUUUAGUCAAUAGGAAAAUAAGGAGCUUGGACGCAUCUGUUCCGCAUGAAAGGACAAUCAAGGUUUUUGGCAUCCCAGAAGCAGUAAACGAAACAGACACUAUUCUCGAAGAAAAUUUCCGAAAUCUCUCAUCAAGUCUUCUCAAAAUCGAACUUGGGCCGAAGGACGUUGAAGCUGUCGACCGAGUCGGGGGUUUUCAAAAAGCUUAUCCAAGGGCAACGAUCGUCUACCUCGGUGAUAAUGAUGUCAAAAGAAGGCUGAUUCAUGCUUCGGCGGAGAAAGAUGCAGGAAUGAAAGUGAUUGAUAAUCGACCGUAUGGAACGACAAUGGAUCCUGAUAGACCGGAAGACUGCAACUUGGGCAUUGCAAAAUUCGAACAGCCCGUCUUCGUUGCCAACUUCUCCCUUGUCCCUGAAGGCGCCUGGCUGACCGAUUCCGCCUCGAAUGGCUCCGAAAUCUAUGUCUUUCAGCAACAAGGAAAGUCCAAGUCUGUCCUGAAAUUCAACUCAACAGAAGAUCUCAUCGCUGACAAAAUCGCAGAAACAUUUAACCUUCCUCACCCUUGGUACGGAACUGGUCACGUUGUCUACAACGGAGUUUUGUAUUAUGUGAGAGAGAAGCCCCUGGGAAUCAUCAGAUAUGAGUUCGCUGCUAGAAGAAUGAGGAAGCAAAAGGAGCUGGAUCAUGCGACGAUAGAAGAGUGUACUUAUGAAGACAGUGAGCUUGGAGGAGUAGAGCUGGCGGUGGACGAGACUGGCCUCUGGGUCACUUACUGCAAUACAGAAUCACAUGGGAAUAUUGUCCUCACCCGUCUCGACCUCUUCUCCUUGGAAAACCGCCGAACAUACCACUCGACGCUUCAUAGAAACUGGCUCAUGCAGAGUUUCAUCGCUUGUGGUGUCUACUACGGCUUCAGGUCGUUUGCAAGAGACAACUCUGUCGUUGUCAAGUAUGCUUUCAACAGCCACACUUUCAAAGUCGAUCAAGUUUCAGAAAUCUUCGGGAAUUUCUCGAUCUCACAAGCUUAUUUCGAUACGAGAACGAAGAGGAUAUACUUUUGGACGACAGAAGGUCGACUUGGAUACAGUCAGCUCAACUACAAAAUAGCUCAACUCGGAAACGAGAGCUGA